GCCCGUCUGAUAACUCCAGUCCUAGUCACCUUUUGCGGAGAAGUGCAAACGCCCAUGCGACGCUGCAGUGAGCAGUGCGUUCUGACGUAGCUAAGCGUGAUGCCUACUUCUGCCACCGUCUAAGCGUUUAAGACACGUAUCAGGUCAAGCGGUUUCUCUACCCAGCGUCAUAGUACUACAACUAGUAGUACUACUAUCCUUGGCGCUCGAGGAGGUUGUACUAUCGCUACUAGUAGUACGGUCGGCGAAUUUACUCGGCGCUAUAAAUCUCGGAGUCUUCCUUCUUCAAGACUCAACCCUACUAGCACCGCCGCAAUUUCGAACCGUUGCUCCACUCAUAGUAGUACUAUUUAUCGAGCUCGAAAGGCUCGAAAGGCGUCUUGUAUAUAUCCACCUCGCAACAGAAGAAGACGAAGAAAAAAUAACAUCGCUCUCUGUGUCUCUCUACCCCUCAGAAAUCAAGUUGCGGGCUCCUUUCUUCGAGAGCCUCGUUACUACUACUAGGACGUCACUCACUAGUACUGAGUAGUAGUCACGCCUGACAAACUCUGACAAACUCUGACGGACUCUGACGGACUCUGACUCGGAGUCGUCGGACGGGUGACAUUAUGGACGGCGUUAAGCUGAACCAGCCCAGCGUGCAGUUCCCAUUCACGGUGGGCGCGGACCUCCACGCCACGCUUCAGAUCGUCAACACCGCCAGCAAGUCACGAGCCAUCCGGAUCACACCGGGGAAGGCCAAGGCGUACACAGUGGAGAGGGGGUGCACGUUCCUGCUGCCGCCCAAUGCCUAUGUGGAGAAAGGAGUGACAUGCGCGGCCUUUGCACGCAAGCCCUUCUGGUUCCCCUCCGACUCCUUCACCUUUGAUGCAUUCGCCACCAUUGACGAGCUGGACGCUGCUGCACCCACAGCAGCAGGCACUCUGGGUCGAUUGAGCCUUCCUGUCACAUUCCUGAUAGCACCAACUCCUGCUCCUGCUCCUGCUCCUGUUCCUCCUCCUGCUUCUUGUGCUUCUGAUGCGUCGCUUCCACCACUCGCUCCUGAAGGCCCAGUUUCAAUCUGUCGCAGUUCUAGUGAUGGCGGGGAGUCAGCAGCAGCGCAGGCUGCUUCGGCUGCUGCUGCUGCUGCUGCUGCUGGGCCACAUUCUGGUGCUGCAGGUGGUGAGUUCGUCAGGCGCAGUAGCAGUGCCGAUGCUGGUGCCACUGAAUCCUGUGCGCCUGUCGGUGCGAAAGGUGCGAGGAUGAGUGGUGGGAGGUUUGGCAGUGGGAGGGUGCGCACAAGCAUCACGUCCAUGUACCAACAGGCUAAGGGGAUGCCAGUGCAGCAGCAGCAGCAACAGCAGCAGCAACAGCAACAGGAGCAACAGCAACAGGAGCAACAUAACAAGGAGCGGCAGCAGCAGCAGCAGCAGGAACAGGAGCAGAUCCAGCAGUUAACUGAAGCAGCGACAGCAGCAUCAACAACAGCAGCAGCAACAGCAGCACCAAAAGCAACUGCAGAUGCGGAAAGCACAGCAUCAUCGUCAUCAUCAGUGGCAGCAGCAGCGGCCGCAGUAGUACCGCCAGUCCCAGCAGCCGACCCGCACGAGGGAGCCGCAGCAGCAACAGGAACGACACAUGACAGCAGCAACAACAACAACAACAACAACAACAACAGCAGCAAUGGUAGCAGCAAUGGCAGUACCAAUGAAGACGACGCGAUCGCAGCGCUGGAGGCGCGGCUAGCAGCAGCAGAGCGGGCGGUGGCGGUGCGGGAGAAACUCAUACAGUCCCACCGCGAGGCAGUCGAGUCUCUAGCCAAGAAGCUCGUGGACCGCAAUGAGAUGCUCUGCGCCGCACGUGAGCGAGCCUCACAGCUCGCUGAGGAGGUAAAACUGAGGGAGGCGGCAAUCAAGGCCAUGGCUGAGUGCCAGGCGGAAGCUCAGGUGCAAGUGGAAUCCCAGGGAAACGGUCAGGUGGGGGCUCAUGUGGAGGGGCAGGGCGUGCAGAGCCUGUUCUUCCCGGCCUCCCCCCCGAGGACCCUGCGGGCUGUAGCAGCGGCACCAGGAGAAUCCGCAGCAGCAGCAGCAGCAGCAGCAGAGGAGCGAGAACGGGUGAAGCAGCGGCUGGACGAAGCGGAGGAGAGGGCGGAGCAGGCGGUAAGAGAGAGCAAAAGACUGACGGCAGAGGUGACACGGCUCAUGGCAGAAUCCCGCAGCAACAGGCAGCUGCUGGACGAGUUGGAGAUGGAGAGAACGAGUCACCGGAGGGAGAAGGCGGCAUGGGAGGGGAGGGAGGAGGAGAGGAGGGAGGAGAAGGGGAGAUGGAGGGAGGAGCGGGCGCGGUGGGAGGGGGAGCGCGCGGCCAUGCAGCGGCAGAUGCGCGCGCUGAGGGCAGAGAAGGUGGAGCUGGAGGGGAAGUUCGGCCAGCUGCAGGUGUCGUUCUGCGAGUCGCCCCUAUCCAACGCCUCCUACGCAUCCACCGUGACUGACGACUGCGACUCCUCCGACGCCGACUCAACCAGCAGCAGGACGCUCGGCAGCGGCGGGUGCACAGGGUCAAUCGGACACUCUGGGGAACUGAUUCAGUCAAGCGAAGCAGCGGAGACAAUAGAGGCAGGGGAGGCAGGGGAGGCAGGGGGGCAAUCAGAGGAGCAUUCAGGGGGGCACUCAGGGGAGAGCCUAGGAGGCCAUGUGAGGGGGAGGAUGAGAGGGGAAGCGGCUCAUAGAGACGGGCGGAAGAAGAAGUCCGUGGCAGGGGUGCGGUGGGACAUGCUCCGAAUGGCCGAGAGGCACCGGCAGGAGAUGCGCGAGAUAGAAGAGGAAAUGAGGGAGAAGGACGAGAGGAUUGGCGAGCUCGGGGAGGAGAUACAGAGGCUGGAGGAGCGGGAGGAGGAGAGGGAGGCGGAGAGGAGGCGGAGCGAGGGGGAGGUGAGGUGCCGAUUGGAAGAGAAGGAGAAUGGAGUGAGGGAGAGGGAGGAGAGGGUGUGUGAGUGGGAGCGGAUGGUGGAGGAGAGGGAGGAGCAGGCGAGAGUGUGGGAGUGUAAGGUGGUGGAGAGGGAGGGGGAUUUGCGGCAGAGGGAGGAGCGAGUGAGGGAGGAGGAGGGGAGGUUACGGGAGUGGGAGGCGAGGCUGGGCGAGAGGGGAGAGAGGGGUGAGAGGGCGGAGGAGUUAGAAACGGAGGUGGGGAGGUUGAGAGCGGUGGUGAGGGAGAGGGAGGAGGAAAGGGCGGCGAUGGUGCUUGAGAUGGACCGACUGCAGAUGCAGGUGAACAGCAAGGACGACCAAGGCUCGCUCGCGUAUUCCCUAACCCGUGGGCUCUCUCCUCUGCACCACCAGAUCACGGAUGGGGAAGCAGCGGCUGCUCCUGCCCGUGCCAAUGCCAAUGGCAGUGCCAAUGGCAAUGCUAAUGGCAAUGCCAAUGGCAAUGCUACUGAUCAUGAAGGCCAUGACAAUGCGGAUGGGAGUGGAGAUGGUACCUUCGAGGAGGUCGGGCUGACAGAGGGGAAAGAGCCGUGUGCCAAGCAAGCUGGCGCGGAGCCCACUCUGAGCGACUGGCAGUGGGAGCGGCAGGCUCUACUCUUCCAGGUGCAGUCGCUGCAGCUGCUGCUGCAAGACGCCAGGGAGCUGCUGCGACGGGAGCGAUACCUGAGGCAACAGGCCAACAUGCAGGCGGAGAGGGCUGCUGCAGGCCGCAUGCCUCUGUCGCACCACCGCAGCCACCGCAUCAUGGAGCAGCAGCAGCAGAUACAGCAGCAGCAGCAGAUACAGCAGCAGCAGCCGCAGCAGCCGCAGCAGCCGGACAUGCACAUACCACCCAUCUCUGCACUGCUGCCAGGCAAGGGCAUCCACCCACCCAUGGGCAUCCCUCCUGAUUCGUCGGCUCAUCACCUGGGUUCGGCGAUGGCUUACAACAGCGGAGAGCUGGGAGGCGUGGCUGGUUCCUUGCGUCCUCCCUCUCACACUGAUCUGGACAAAAAGUGCCGCCUGCCAUUGCAUGUGGUUGACCAGAGGGAGCUGCUGCAGCAGCGGCAACAGCAGCACUGGCAGCAGCAACAGCAGUUUCAGUGGCAGCAGCAGCUGCCGCUACCGCAGCAGCCGGAGCAGUGGCAGCAGCAGCAGCAGCAGCAGCAGCAGUGGCAUACGUUUGUAUCGCACAUUCACAGGGAAGGGAAAACCUCACCACACAUGUCUAAUGUGUGAGAGACAUAGGUAACUAUUGCUGCCAGAUUUGAGACCAGCGCUCUCUUUUGUUUCCUAGUAUUUCCAUGUAUGUUUGUGAGAUGGCUUGAUGCCGGGGGUGUUACAUUAUGAGCCACAUAAAUCGGUUUUUGUUUCGUUGUGAUGUACAUUAAUGGUCAUUAUGCUGUGC